CGGUUACUCUUCUCAUCUCUUCAAGAAAACUCUAGAACUUGCUUGAAGAUUUAUUAUAGUGUAGCUCUCAGCUCCACUUAUCACUCGAGUAGAAGAAAAUGUCGAUAAUUCCAAUCAACGAUCGCCGGAGAUUCUCUCCCGGCGAUAGAAUCUGGGAGCCAUUUGAACUCAUGAACACCUUCUUCGAUUUUCCCUCACCAAUCCUCCCGCUUUCUCGCCACUUUCCUUCACUUUCCCGAGACCUCUCCCCCUUCUCUUCUCCAUCCACCGUCGAAACCCAGCUCAACUGGACGGAGACUCCGACGGCUCACGUUUUCAAAGCCUAUCUUCCGGGAACGACUCAGGACGAAGCGAUCGUGUUCGUUGACGACGAAGGAUACCUCCAGAUCUGCACGGGAGACAACAAAUUCAUGAGCAGAUUCAAGCUUCCCGACAACGCUUUGACGGAUCAGGUGACGGCGUGGAUGGAGGAUGGGUUCCUCGUCGUGUUCGUCGCGAAAGAUGGUACUUCUUCACCGUCGCCGCCGGAGAUCGAGGAGAACCGCAACGUGAGAGUGGUGGAGAUCACCGGCGAUGAUGAUUAAUUAAGUCUGGGUACUUUUGAAACCUGUGUGCUAAAUAAACAGUGUAAUAAGUCUCGUUUGUUAAAAACAGAACUGUGUUGAUGUGGUGACUUAUAAAGAAAACUUCUUUUUCGGGUGUAUAAUAGAGAAAAUUUGAAAAUAAGUUUGAUUGUUUUUUUUUGCUGCACACGAUGUUAAACCAAAACGAUGAAUUUCAGUCUGUAAUGUUGCUGUAUCAUGGAAUAAUUUUUGGCAAUUUUUUGAAGUCAGGGGUUACUUUGUAAUGCAGACUUUAUUUAUAGAUUCUAA